GGGCUGUGGGCAUACGCAUCACCCGUGUGUCCGUGCCUCCGCUGGUAAAGGCGGGCGGCGAGGCGGAGCUUGCGUGCGAGUGGGAGUCUGAGAGUGACCAGAUGUACUCCGUCAAGUGGUACCAGGGGUCGCAUGAGUUCUACCGUUACACUCCCACCGCCAGCCGCCCCAUCCAGAUAUUCGACCCCACGACCCUUGAUGUUGAGAGUGGCGGGUCCUGGGCAGGCACGGUGAGGGUUGCUAACGUGACUGCGGCUGCUGAGGGUCCCUUCCACUGUGAGGUGUCCGCCGAGGGCCCGACCUUCCACACAGCGUCUGAGAUGGCCAACAUGAAGGUGGUGGACCUUCCUGAGGGCGGGCCAGAGGUGACGGGGGCCAGACAGCAGUACCAGGUGGGGGACAUGGUAGAGCUCACGUGUACCUCAAGAAGAUCACGCCCCGCAGCCUCCCUCUCCUUUACCAUCAACUCCAUGCCGGCUGCCCCGGACUGGCUCUAGCAGACACAGCGGGGCGAGGGAGCGGGGGCGCGCCUCACCACCACCUCCCUGCGGCUCAGAUUCCCCCUCCAGCCGGAGUUCCUGCAGGGGGACGAGGCCCGCGUCACCUGCACCUCCCGCAUCCCGGGCAUAUACGAGAAAGAGGUGCAGACGGUGCUAUCCACUCGCCCCCCUCACCACGCCUCUGUAAUGGCCGCCGCCCCCGUAACAGACUCCAGGCUCACCAUGACUGCAGUAACCUUAGCUUCCAUCCUACACUCCCUGCUCGCUACGCUCUGAGACCGCUCCCUCCCAGCAUCAGUUCCUUCCCCCGCUACCAUCGUGUUACUUCGAGCACCCCAGCAGACUCAGCGCUACAGUGACUCCCCCAGCUCCGCAGUAUCGUUCAGCCCGUGUCGUUAUCAGUGUAAAUAGGUGUACAAGUAGUGGGUUCUUUGGCAUUGUUAAGAGAUGGAGGUGUUGGCCGGGUGUUGUGUUGGUGAUGACGGUGAUGACUCGAGUAGCUUGUGCUGUGUUUGUACCAUUCGCUGUGUAUAAAUGUUGCUGCUUGUGA